UCUGCAACAUCAUGCACCAGCGAUACUAAGCCUCAAGCUAAGCAACCUAAGGCGGACGAGCUAACACGGGACCAGAGCCUCAUGCAAACCUGACACAACGUCCUCGGUCCCGGGAACCUUUAAUAAUAGUUACCUACCUAAAGUAAUAACAGUGUUUCCUUUUCAACCACCUCUACACUCUCCAAACCCAACUCUCAACCCCGACUCAGUUGUCACUUGCUAGCCCCAACCACCAACCGCCAACCUCCAACUCCACCACCCGCAACCGGGCACCAAAACACAAACAAACACAAAUGGACAUACUCCCACCACCAAACCAUCCCCAAACCCGACCACCCCAAAAACCAACCCCACCCAAUCCAACGCCCUCAGACACCACCACCACCACCAACCCCAACCCACCAAAGCCACCCCCAAAACCCAAAAAGCCCCCCAUCAUCACCCUCAUAGCCCUCUACAUAGCCGGCGGCUGGAGCCUCGACAUGGCCCAGCUGAUCAUCAGCGCGCUCCAACUCUCCACCGGGCCCAUCGCCGAUACCGACCCCGACAUCUACCUGACCCUCCCCCCUUACGCAGCCACCCUGCAGCGGCUGGCGGUAGCAUGGACGAGUGUGGGUUUGGUGGCGCAUAUAGUUUUGGGGUUUCGGGUUGCUGGGCUGGAGGAUGAUCAUGAUGCGGGUCAGGGGAGGGGGAGGGGGAAGCUGGUUACGGGGGGGUGGGUGCCGUGGAGUGUGCUCAGUUUGGCGGUUUGGGGGGUGUACGUGGGGAUGCAGACGGGGGAGGGGGGGCAGAGGGUCUGGGGGGAGACGGCGGAGUGUCGGGAGGUGAGGCCGACGCUGUCGCAGUGUGAUUUGCUGUGGGCGACGUGGGCGGUCGGGUGGGUUUAUGUGUGA